AUGUAUCAGCAGCAUCAGCAAUCUAAUGAAUUAAAGGCAUUAUUUUUGUGUAUGGGCAUGGUGUUGCUUACAAUGGAAACAGACUGCUGCUGUACUGUAAGUUUCUGCAUAUGGAUGUCAUUGAGAAAGAUCCAUCCUGACUUUUGCUGGCUGACACUAUUAAAACUUGAUAACAUGUUAAACACUGUCUUCACAUUGAUUCAAUCUCUGUUUGCGAGAUGUGCAAGUGUUGAUUUGCUAAAGUAAACUAGAACCGAAAAAAAUCAAAUAUGGUGUUAUUUUCUGCUUUUAAAAGCCGUGACUUAAAGUAAUUUAUUUAUCUGAGAGGGCUUUCAGAGUUUGUUAUUAAUUGUAAUCUUCGCAGACUCAUGAAUGUACAGUAUAGUGUUGAAUUUUCACCAGCGCGGUUGAAUCGGCUCACACACCCCGACUAGUUGACUGGAUUGAAAACAUGGCUGCGGCCGAGCGUGCAGCAAAUUUACGGAAGUGAGGUAUGUGUAAUUCUCGAGCUACAAACGCUAUUUAGAAGUAUACGUUCAGCUCACUGCUUGUAGUACAGCAAAUGAAAAAUACUGAGUCUAUUAGCCCAUUAGGAAUGCCUACAGCCGGCAUUAAUGGAAGUACACAAAGUUAUGCGCGGAACAAUCAGCUAGCUCGGCUGCUGCAGCUAGCUGUAGCUGCUAACUAGCAACCAACCGUUGUACCGUUCGGCUGCUAACCAUGCUACUAUUGUAAUGCAAACCUCGGCGAAAGGUAGCGUUAGUUUUCACCUAACUAUAUGAGUAAUGAGUUGUUAUGCUCAUUUAGCUAGCUAACGUUAUAAAGGGGGGUGCUCCGGCUGAUAUCGCCUCGGUUCUUUUCCGCACCAUGCAGUUAACAGGAAAACUAGCCGAGAACAACUAAGCAAGGUAACACUAGCCAACUUGGCUAACUAGUCGCUCUCAUGGAAACAGGGGGAGCUGGCUUUGGUUAGAUUGGAGCGUUUGUUGUUGUUGUUCAUUUAGUGUCCGGGGUAAUGCUCGGAUAUCACGGGCGCAACAGUCUGCAGUUUGGUGCCUUAAGCGUUAAUGCUUCAUAUACAGACACAGCCAUGAGAGCUAACGGUAAGUUAGUUUGCUAAGGUUAGCCCGCUUUAACGGCCAGCUAGGUCAAGUAACGUCUGCUUGGGAAGUUGGUUCGUGCUAACAUUUAGCUCGUAAAACCAGCUGGGUGUUAGAGUCUGAAUGUGUGUUCGGGAGUUUUAAAUCCUUAAACUUCUAAGUUCACCUGCUGCUAAAAAAAACUAGAGUUAACUUAGCCGGCGGCACGUGCACUUGCAGCGGGUUUUACAGCAUCUUCAACUUUGUCCAUGUUGAGCUUGAAGGCGGCUGGUAAAACUGGGGAUGUUGGGAUUUGAGCGAUUCUCAUCGGUAUGUAUACUAACACACACUCCGUGGAUUUUUUGCUGCCAGCAGGCCCUUGUGGAAGUGUUGAACUACAGGUCAGGACACGGCGGUUUAACUGCACAGAGCUGCUGUACUCCUCAUUUAACUCGAUUCUCUGACCAAACUUUGUCACGGACUUUAGCUCAGCUGCCUUCCAACACUCACCCUCACGUUAAACCUGUGAGUUCUUGGCAUUGCAUAUUUGUUAUCUAUAUACAGUUAUUAUUGUAAAUGAACCGUGUGUUUGUCAUUAUAAGUGUAAUGUAAUCAGCACGUGUUAACACUACUUGCCAACCAAACACGCGCUUUAGUAAAAGAACAGGAAGUGGUUUGAUUGAGAAAACAGUGACACAUGGGUGCUGUCCGUGUCGCUCCACUGACAUAUUCUGGCAUCCACGCUUCCGAAAUUGAUGAUGAAGCUGUUCCCAGGAAGGGUAAAUAGUUAUUCCACAGACAUGUCAGGAUCGGUGGCUGUACAUGACAGGAAAUACAGUGUGGCUGUAACGAAAUGAAAAAACCCUUCUGCUUAAACGUGGUGAGAAUUGCCUUUUGGGUUAUUGGUGCCUGUGGAGAUGGUCCUUGAGAAUACAUCCUUUUAUUGUCUUUCAUAUGACUUGAGUUACACCCACCAACCAUAAUAUUAUGAACACAUGGGUGACCAAAUGCAGUCCAAUACAACACCCAUACUAUACAUUUUCUGCUUUUGUUUAUGUGGUCAGACAGGCGAUAACUGCUGUUAAAGUUGUGGUGGAAGCUGAUGGUGUACUGCAGUGUAUUAUAUUGAAAGAUGUUCCCAGCACACAUUAGUACACAAGUCUCAUCAUCUAGCUCUUCGAUAGUGUGUAGAAAGUACAAUAAUCACCUGUCAAAACAGAAAAUCUGCGAGCGUCCUAAAAGUAGAAUUUGUAGUGCUGUUAUAUUGGAUUACAUCAGAUUGCUAAAGUGUUCCUAAUGUUAUGACUAGUAGGUGUUAUCUGCAGAGCCUUGACAAAUGUUACUCCAAAACAAGUAACAGUUGCUUGGUCAAAUUGCUACUUAAGUAAAAGUAUAGUAUAAGAAGUGCUUCAGUAUAUAAUCUGCACAAUGUAUGACUGAGUGCAGUCAAGAAUACGCAGGUUUACAUUCCGCUGUGUUCCUUUAGAGAACAUUAUUUACUCUUUUUAAAAUCACAAACUCAAGGUUUGCAGCUCCAUAAUAAAAGGAACAGCCAAACAUAGAAGUAAAACAGCGAGUAAGUUGCUAUAAACAAGACAACUGUGCUGAAAAUGUUCAUAUGGAAUAAACCAAAUUUGUAACAGCAUAUGUUGACACGCUUUCUCGGAUUCAGCAGGAAUAUUUUGUUGGCUGUCUUAUAGGAAUUCUCAACCCUAGGCUGAAGAUAGACUAUAGGUACUCGGGUGGAGAAUGGUCCGCCGUUGCCAACACAAAAUAACCUGCGUGAUCUGAGUGAAACUCGCUCUUUACGUUCAACCACGACGACACGUAAAUGUACGCAUUUUGACAAACCACAUCAACAUGGUUUAUGUCUUUUGGAUUGGAUCUUAAAAAAUAAAAACCAUCAGCUUAUGUCAGAGCAAAAGUAGAGAGUAAUGGGAACAGUUUUAAAAUGUGUCAUUGUCAGAAGUACAGUAUUCUUCUUUCAAAUCCAGGGUAGCAAUAGUUUUCUCCAAUAAUAAUACCCAGGUAAAGUAUACAUACUAAAGAAACGUGCAGUACUCAAAUGUAGUUUGCCACUGUCCACCACUGGGUUAUAUGUAUACAUGGAUGAUCAACAUACAGACAGAAACAUAAACCAGCAGCAGCACUACAGCCAUAAACUCACCAGCAGUAGAGCAUGGACAUUUAUCAAAUGCUUAUUUGUGAUCUAAAGCAGUUCCUUCAACCUCUUUGGCAUCUGACCCCAUAAAGCAAAGCAAUGCCUGUUUUUGACCCCUCCUCAGACAUUAUGACCCGGACGCUGACAUGAUUUACGAUUUACCAGCUCGACCACGGAGUUGUUGUUUGUAUCAGAUUUUUAACUUGAAACACUGCCAGGGCUCUGUUGUGUGUUGUUGGGUGCAGUGUUAUAUGAUAGGAAGAGAGAAAAGAGGAAGAAAAGUCAUAACGUAAUUGCAACAUCACCUAUCUUUGGCGGUUUUCUACAAGGCUGUAGCAAACUGGUGUUGGGCUGGAGGUGCAAAAUAUAACGUCAACAGGAAGAGAUAAGUGAGAUAAGAAUAAUAACAGAGACAGCAUUUGCAUUCGUACUACAAGCAUUCAAAGUGGCAAAGUAACAUAAAAUGCAUGGAUUUAGAUGGCGGGGAAGAUGGAGUGUAUACGUUGGUGAAAUGGGAAUUUAUUUGAAUAUGCUGACUUGCUGUUUUUCUCCAUGAAAGUCUUUUUUUUAAAGGUGAGGAAUGGGAGUUUGGAAAUUAAAAUCCAAAUGUAAUAAUGUGUAAACUUAAUUAAAACGGUUGUGGCUUUAUGAGAUUUGUUAUAACCUGUUAUGCUCACCAGCUGAGCAGAUAACCAUCAUUUUAGAUGUUAUUGGAAGUUCUUGCAGCAUACCUGGCAGCAACGUUGACUGGAACACAAGAGAUCUAUCUCACUGGUUACCCGUCCUUAACCACACGUGUGCCACUUUUACAACUCUCCAGUCUUUUCACCACCUUCAGGCAUGUUUUUCAUUAGAUUCACAAGCCCAAACAAAACCAAGGUAGCCAGACUCUCAGUGCAAACCCAAUUUGGUUGUAGCAUUUAAUGGGUUCACGUCUUAAAUUGUGAGGCACCCGAAGACGGUCCCAGACUUUGUUUUUUAAUUACCUUACCAGCUUUGCCUACAAUGUGUUAAUUAUUGGGACACUGAAGAGUGAGCGAAGUUUCCAGAUAGUGACUCUGCUGAAAAACCGUCGGUUUUAUCAUUUGGUAGAGGUGAUUAGUUUUCUUCUUUUUGAGGGCAUCUCCUAUGAGCAGGCUUAAUUAGUUUUGUUGAUUCGAGGGUAAGGGUGAGUGCUCUGUCUGAAUAACCUGUCUUCCUCCUGCUGCCUUCUUUUCUUUCGCUUAUUUUCUGCUUGGACAAAUCACAUUAGCUUUCUCAGUUGGAGUCUUCAGAGGAGUGUGAGUAAUAUGUGCAUGUGGUACUGCCUGUUCCAGGUGACUAGUAUGUUGCCCCCCUCCCCCUGAAGAAAAAUUAUCAAAAUGUAUUUGUAGCCAGGGUAGCCUCUGGCUUUGUUGUUGCUGUGUUAGCACAAUGUAGGACAGGAGAGAGGUUGUCCCAAGCAAGGCAUCAAGGAGCUUUCAAAUCAGUUUUGACAGGGGUCGGCCUACAGAUUGAUGUACUUGCAAUUAAUGUAAAUGAGCAUGACCACAACGCUAAUUGAUGCAAUAAUUUCAUUCCUUUACAAGGGGAGUCUUUGACUGCGGCUCAUCCUCUGCGAAAGGACGCCAUGUGGGAAUGUUUCCCCUUGAAUGUUACUUUAAUAUAACCUUUACCGCGUCUCGUUUUUAUUGUGCUCUCUUAGAUUUAUUAUGUGAAGCUCUGAGCUAGAGGAGACUUCAAUGGCAACUUCUGUGUGUGUGUGUGGCCUGGUCGGGAAUUUUUUUUCCCCUGGAAUUAGGGAAUGAAUGUGUGUAUUCUUACCAGGACAGAAAUCUCUUUUUAUCCCUGCAGUGUAAUCUCAAAAUUUCUGCCAACAUACUUCUGCUGCAUGUUUACAAGCAGACGGAAAACUUCAUUUCUUAAUCCUUUAAACCUCGAUUCAAACUUGAUUGUGAUUAGUUUUAAAUGACCUGCUCUGUCAAAGGAGUUGUUAGAUUGUUCUUGAAGGAAUCGUGUUUGUGUUUUUUUUUGCAGUGCUUCUUUCCAAAACAGAGUUGCUGCAUCUGCCUUUUUUCAAGCUCUCCACUCUGCAAACGAAGUUGUGUUUGCUUAAGUAACCUCACUGUUAGUGAGAUAUGUUUGAGUAAUGUUAAUAAAUCUUCUGACCUAGAUUACAGUGGGAUGUUGGUGCAUCCGUGAAAUCACAUUUCUAAGUAAAGAGUAACUUAUAUAUCUUAAGCAGCCCCUGGUAUCAUUUUGCUUGUGUUAAUUUUCAUUUCACACUGUAAGCCUGGAUUUCUGUUCAGACGCACAAUGAUGUACUUCAUCUGCGGUGUUUGCUCGGAGCAGUUUUGGGGAGGGUUUUUUUGUUUUGUUGUGUCUUAAAUUGUGUCAGGAAGUGAAUCGUCUUGUCCUAAACCCCUAUGGUUGGCCUGGCUCUGAGCCUGUAAGCCUCGUGUAGGAUUCCUCUUGUUGGUGGAGAAUUUCAUUUUUUUGUACAUUCUGAUAAGUUGCAGUCUGUUGUUGCUCCGGCACACCUGUUACAAAGAGAUAAACAUUCUGCAGUGUGCGAUGAGAAACCUCUGUUUGCAGUGUUAUCUCUGCUGAAUUGGGUGUGUGAAUUACAGUGGUAGCAUCUGUGUCAGAAAUCAGUCAACCAGUGUCGACAUAUUUAUUCUUUGUGAGACACAAUAAGCAGUAAUCUCUGCAGGGAAGAAAUAAACCGGCUUUCAUUGAAGCAUAAACACCCAGUCUGUGUGAUGGCUUAUCCAUUUGAUUUAAUUUUGCCUUUACCGCAGGUAGUUUACCCUUUUGUAUGUCAAAUGCCUGACACAUUAGGGGGCUUUACAUCGCUUAAAAUGCUCGUAGUGACUUUUAUCCCUCGAGUUACAAAGCAAAUACAGAUGAGCCUCAAAGCUGUGACAUUCACGAAGCAUUAGAAAAAAAGAGGCUGUUUGAUGAAUGAUAAAUAAGAAAUGGAUGAUUUUACCUCAUUCAUUAUUUUCUAACAGUUUAAGAUCUCCCACCUGGGGCUAGGCGGUUAAUUAAAACUCAAUCAAAACCCUCAUCCAGAACUACUAACGAGGGAUGUUACAAAGCAACUCAUUUCUGAGGGGAAUUUAAUUAUGACGAAUGUUGAGGCAAGAAAACAGUCAAAAGUGAGCGAAGUUAUUCAACAUGGAUAAAAAUGAGAUCACAGAUUCUGCGGGUUAAUGAUGCUUAAAGGUUAGCUGAGUGUGGCCAAAGCUAGCAGAGCUAGUACUAGAGCUGGGUUAUACGGCCUUAAAUCAAUAUCAUGAUAUAUUGAUCAGUUCACCUCAAUAACGAUAAAUAGGCAAUAACUACUUCACAAGCUGCUCACCCCCUCCCACACUAACUUCGUCUACUUCAGCUGCUACAACUUUUGAACCAUCCUCCAUCUCCUCACCUGUCUUUCCCUCUUUGUUACGGACUGGAUGGGGCGGAGUCACGUCUCUGACGUAGGACAGCGUCUUAAAGGGACAUGAGACCAUAGCUGACUGACACACAUCCAAAACCAACUCUUAUUUAUUUUUUUGACACCAAAUAUUUGGUUUUGUCAUAAAUUUCUAUAUCAGUAAAUUUUUUGGUUUAUCGCCCAGCCCUUGAUAGUACUGCCAGCCUUAGGCACACCAUGCAGGUUAAUAUGAUUUGAUCUCUAUUUUCUAGAUAACAGUACAGUGAGCUAACACAUGCCAUGCUACAUCUGAGUAGAGCAUCACAGCAUUAGAGUCGUGGCUGUGCUCCAGCUUAGAUGCAACAGCUGAGUGAAAUUUCAGGCCCCUAGUGAUAACAAAUGUUUGACUUUAUUUAUCCGACGAGUAAUCCUGCUGUGAGUGAGGAUGAUAAUAUUGACUGAGGGUUGACCAAACACACCCAUCCCUACCUCUUACUGUCGACACCUUGCCUUGGUUGUUUUUUUCUUGAGGGUGAUGUUGUUAGUUUAUGUUUUUGAUGUGUGAAAAAUCCUGUGUGACUGAAGCAGAUGACAUAAGAGCAGCUAGAUUAAGGGAACAAGUACAUGAAGGAAUCAUUAGGGCUCUUAAAACGGCUAAAUGGCUGUGAUCCACUUCUGCCUUCUUUCCAUUUUUUCAGCACACAAUAGAAAUCUAUAAGAGCCUUACCUGAUAUAGAUUUCACUCCACUGCACAACAGGACAUAAUCAUGGUUGUAUAUGAAGCUUACAAUUAACAGUGGGAAAUUUGUGGAUAAGAUUAUUUAGCACCAGCACCCUGCAGCCAGGUAACAUAUCCCUGUGUAUGUCCUUGUACGGACGGUGGAUUGUAUGCUAAAUGUCACUUAAUAGCUGUGUAAUGUUGCAUUUGUGUGUGUCUGUGUGUGUCUGUGUGUGCACUAAGGGAGUGGAGGUUUCCUGCUUUUGGUCUGAUUUAAAUCACACCCCCGAUAAACACUUCAUCAGAGUGUUUCCUCUGUGUUUUUCUGGAAAUCAUGAAGAUAUGUGCUCUUUUAAAUACAAACCCUGUCUGCGAUUGAUAAAGGACCGAAAACAAAAUAGUCGGCCGUCAUUAAAAUUGAGGUCAAAUGUGCAGUCAUUGGUGAUAUUGAUUCUAGGCUCUAUUUCCCAGCACUACUUCCAUCUUUGUAUACAUUCAAUGAGACUCCUAGUUUUGCCUGUGGACAGAAGGUGUUGCUUAGUUACAAUGACAUGGAAAAUCAAUACCUCUUGUGUGAGCUGAGAAAUGAUCUGAGCCGUAGUUAAGAAAGGCCAUUUUAUGAACGCUUUGUUUUAAACACCCCGGGGUGCCGUUCACGCUUUAAAAUUUGAGCUAUGCUGGCAGUUGAAUCCAAUCAAACUUAAAGCUGCUGCAGAGGUUGUGCCAAAGGUAACGCCACGGUGUAAUCAUGGAGCUGUAAAGGUUUGCACUUUUCAGUAGUUAUUUCACCUUAAUGAAGCGCUCGUAUCUGCCUGUGUUUGUGUGUUUGUAGGUGCCCAGAUUCUGCUGCAAAGGAGAGAGCACCAGGAUGAGGAGACUGUAG